ACGAAUGAUGUCACACACUUUGUAAAAUAACCUCGUAUACAAAGAACGUUGCGUUAUACACUUUGUAUAUUAUACGUGCCGUUUCCAAGGCGCCAAUUGUUGUCAAUUUAAAUCAAAUUUUGUCAAAACCUUAAGAUUUUAAAAUAAUUUACAUAAAUGGCCGAGGGCGAAAUUGGAGGAGAAAAAAAGGAAACCGAAAAAAGGAUCGUACACACGUAUCCCUUAGUGAGGAAUUCAGAUAUGAACGAAGAGAUGAGAACGGAAUCGGUCGAGAUUGUUGUGACAGCUUGCGAGAAACACUCCGCCAACAACGAGAUGGCUGCACGAAUGAUAAAGGAGCAGAUGGACAAAAAAUUCGGGCCCCCGUUUCACGUGGUCGUUGGGGAGGGGUUUGGUUUCGAAAUUACGUACGAGUGUAAAAGCUUAUUGUAUAUGUAUUUCGCUGGAACUUUAGCGAUAUGCAUGUGGAAGGCUUAGGUCUUAAGAUUCUUUUUCACGAUAAAUAAACACGAAACAUUACUUUUAGUACGCAUAUGUUUAUUAAGGUAAGCUAUUUAUACAACUUUUACUAUUUAUAUAAAUCAGUCAUUUAUACAAUGGAUUAAAUAGUUCCGUGCGUAUGUGUCUCUGUAUAUAAAAUCAUUUAGGUAGUUAUAGGAAAACGAAUACUAAAACUAUAUUUAAAUAUUUGCACAUCCGUCGAUCACUUUCAGUAAAUGCCUGAUUAAAACUAUUAAAUAUUAAUACUUGCAUCGUGUAAAUGUUAAAAGGGUCAUACAACAGUAACAGACCCGGCACAAUGA